CUCCAUCAUUCCCUUUAAUUUCCUCAAGGUUUGAUGAUCAUCAAGAUGCCAAGCCUUUCAUUUAGGGUUCUAACAAUAUUCUCAAUAUUCUUCUUCGCCGCAAACACAGACGCCUCCUCCCUGCCGGAAAGGCUGCUCCGAUCCACGGCGGAGCUCCGCAAGCACACCUCGAUAUCGGAGUUCCGGCUCCUCAACCGGAGGCAGCUGCUGGACUGCCCCGACCCGAACCCGUACCUCGAGGUGAACGUGACGUCCAACCCGAGGCUCUCGGACGAUGAAUACGUGACGGUCAACAUCACCGGAGUUCUGCUGCCUUCCGAGAACGAUUGGGUGGCCAUGAUCUCCCCUUCUCACUCCGAUGUGAAGACGUGCUUGCAAAAUGCAAUAAUGUAUGAACAAACGGGUGAUUUCAGCAGUCUUCCUCUUCUAUGCCACUAUCCUGUUAAGGCUCAAUAUGUGAGCAAUGAUCCGGGAUACCUAAAGUGCGGGAAGAAGGAAUGCAAGGCGCACGUGGCCGGAAAAUGUGUGUUGAAGACUUGCAGUGCCACGCUGUUGUUCCAUGUUGUCAACAUACGGACGGACAUCGAGUUCGUGAUGUUCGGCGGCGGGUUUGGGACGCCCUGCAUCUUGAGAAGAUCUGAUCCGGUUAGCUUCGCCAACCCGAACCACCCCUUGUAUGCCCAUGUGGCCAGCGUCGAUUCCACUGCUACUUCGAUGAGAUUGACAUGGGUGAGUGGGAAUCAAAGUCCUCAACAAGUUCAAUAUGGAGAUGCCCAAACAGCAAAUUCCUCAGUUUCUACCUUUUCCCAAGCUGACAUGUGUACAAGUCCAGCAAUGGAAAGUCCAGCUGUUGAUUUCGGAUGGCAUGACCCUGGUUUCAUCCAUUCAGCUCUACUCACCGGACUUCAUCCCUCCACCUCUUACUCCUACAAAUAUGGAAGCGAUUUAGUGGGAUGGAGUGAUGAAAUGAAGUUGACAACUCCACCUGCGUCUGGAACAGAUGCCCUCAAAUUUCUUGCUUAUGGUGAUAUGGGCAAGGCUCCUCUUGAUUCCUCUAUUGAACACUACAUACAACCUGGAUCGGUAUCUGUUAUCAAAGCAAUGGAAGAGCAAGUAUCCUCAGGCGGCGUAGACUCUAUAUUUCACAUCGGCGACAUUAGCUACGCCACCGGUUUCAUGGCGGAGUGGGAUUUCUUCCUUCAUCUCAUCUCCCCUCUCGCCUCCCAACUCUCCUACUUGACCGCCAUCGGCAACCACGAGCGGGACUACGUUGACUCCGGCUCCGUUUACCCAACCCCGGAUUCAGGUGGAGAAUGCGGGGUUGCGUACGAGACUUAUUUUCCGAUGCCCACAGCGGCCAAGGAUGAGCCCUGGUACUCCAUAGAGCAAGGGCCUGUUCAUUUCACUGUCAUUUCCACCGAGCAUAAUUGGACAUUAAAUUCUCAACAGUAUGAAUGGAUGAAUAAGGACAUGGCUGCAGUGAAUAGAACAACAACUCCAUGGCUGAUAUUCACAGGGCACAGGCCCAUGUAUACAUCUGCUCCUGGAAACCCCAUUUUUCCCAGCGUCGACGAUUGGUUCGUUGAUGCAGUAGAGCCGUUGCUACUACAAAAUAAGGUGGAUCUGGUUCUGUUUGGGCAUGUCCACAACUAUGAGAGAACAUGUGGCGUCUAUAAUGGAUCAUGCAAAGGAAUGCCCACCAAAGAUGCCAAUGGAGUCGACACAUACGAUCAUUCCAACUACACUGCGCCGGUUCAUGCUGUUAUUGGAAUGGCCGGAUUUAAACUCGACGAUUUCACACAAAACGAUAAUAGCUGGAGCUUGGCUAGGAUUUCCAAGUUUGGAUAUAUAAGAGUUAACGCCACCAAGAGUGAGCUUCAUGUCGAGUUUGUGAAUGCAGAUUCAAGAAAAGUGGAUGAUAGUUUCCGAAUCACUAAAGCAGGGACUUGAUACUGCGCCCAAAAGCAUCUCCACGUACCACAUGAGCCAUGUAUAUGUAAUGUAGUAGUUUUAAGAAGGGUUAAUAGCUAAAAAUUCACCAACUCAUCAGAUUUAAUUUUUGACAUGUUUUAUAAAUUGUUGCAGUAAUAUCAUCAUUUUUUUAAUUUGUAGCAAAAUAGACACAUCCAAAUU